AUGGGAAAACAUUUGAGCAGUAGCAAGAACAACAGCAAGAACAACAACAACAACAACAACAACAAUAAUAAUAAUAAUAAUAAUAACACCUUCACACCUUUUAAUAGAAAUAAUAAUAAUAAUAAUAAUAGCGAUGAAGAUAUAUUAUUUUCGAAAUCAUUAUCAGCAUUUCCUCAGAGCAACGCCUCAUCAUCAUCAUCAGCAGCUGCAGCAUCAUCAUCAUCCUCUUCAUCAUCAUUGUCAUCAUCACCAUCGUCUUCGUCAUUCUUAACGACACUAUUACUAAGCUUGGUGUCGCUUUUCGUGGUGUUGGCUCUUCUCGGGACACUUUUCAUCGUUUGUGUGGUAAGGAAGAAAAGGAAUAAUAUUUACAAUAAUAAGAAUAAUAAUAAAUAUAACAAUAGUAAUAAUAAUAAUAAUAAUGACUGCUUGUUUAAAAGUAAAUUGAAACGGGCAUAUGAGUCCGUAGCGGAAAAGGCCGAUGAUGGACUGAUAGUUGUAGACGAGGAUAGAAUAUUAUUACAAAUGUCGUCAGAUUCUGGCAAGGACAAGUGCAGCCGUGCCAACAACAAGACGAACAACAACAACAAAAAAAACAGCUUCUAUUUCAAAGCCAGAUUCAGCAACACCUGCUACAACCGCAACAAAUACAGCCGCUACAGCAACUAUUUCAACAACAACAACAAUAUCAACAACAACAUCAACAAUUAUCUCAACAACACUGAAACCACCAACCACAACAACAACAAAGACAUCAACAACAACAACAACAACAACAACAAAGACAUCAACAACAACGACAAAAACAUCAACAACAACAGCAAAAUCCCAAAUAGACGCUAA